AUGACGAGCAAUCUGGCUGCAUUUGUCUCAUCCUCGCCGUACCAAGGCAAAAGUGUCGUCUUCACCGGUGACCACACCCCACUCUCUAUUUCAGACAUUGGUACGAUCUCUUUAUCAUCUCGUUCUGGCAAUGUUCCUCAUCUCAAUGAUGCUAUGUUGCUUCCUAAACUUCUUCAUAACAAAGAGCUUCCUGAUCUUAGGCAACUAAGGGCUUUUAGAGGUCUUCUUGUUAUACAUUAUACACAUUAUACAGAAGGGUGGGUUGGUUAUAUACUCUUAUGCGCGUUCCUUCUUCGAACCUUUUGGUAUGUAUUGCCCCCUAACUAUAGAUCAGAUCCACCAGACGAGAAACUCAAUUCCGCACUGCUGCUGAGUCGUCGGACUUAUCCACCAAGGGAUUCGUGGAAUUUCUCGCCCCCUUUUGGGUAUGCAGGUACUAAGAGUCCUCUCACUACCAACCAGCAGACAUCAUCUGGCUGGGUCUUGCCGGGGAGAUCGGAGCAACAGGGAACGCCUAGACGACGUUUUUAUUCUUGGGCUGCUGUAAGUAGAUCGAGAGGUCGUUCCGCCCCUUGUCCCCGAAUUUGGGUAAUACGUUCUAAAAAAAUAUUGCUCCAAUCUGACCUAGCUGGCGAGCGAUCCCAGUUCGCGGCAGAGAACAAGACAGCAAGCGAGCGUACCUUUGUUCGCUUCUUCUCCACCAAGCACGGAAGUUUAAGGAUAACUGUAGGUCGGUGGCUACCUAAGGAAACUCCGAUUCGAUCCGCCCCCCGGCCGGGAGGCAUCUAUCUCAUCCCGAUCACAAGGAGAGGUUCACCAUGAUGGGGGUACUUCUUUUUUUUUCC